UCUCUCUUUAGCCCCCCUGGACACCUCCUCGUGCUCCUGGCUGGUUUCCUGUCCCUCAUCUCUGUCUCUCCCAGUCCGCUUCGGCUUCCUCUCUUUCCCCCUUUGCCAUCCAGCUGUUUGUGGUCAUCAUGAACAGCUUGGUGGCUACACCACCCGUGCCUCCUCAUCACUUCUACGAGUACUCCCGUCCCUCUCCCUCUCGUCCAAUGUCUACCCCAACUCACACUCCCACCAACCGAAAACGGAAAGCCGAUGAAGAUAAUGAUCACGAUGGUCGAAUGUCAGCCUCGCCGACCAACUCUCCCGCCUUGACCCCUAGAACCCUCCCAACCAGCCGGCACAUCAAGCGUGCCCGUCCGAACGUCAGUGGGCGGCCUCUCGCUCUGCCCCGGCUGCUGGAGACCUUGGAUACGGAUGCCCUCCGGGGUAUCCUUCGGACCAUGUGUGAACGUCAUCCGGCCUUGGUGGACGAGGUGGUCCAUACGGCUCCCCGGCCAAGCGUGGCAUCUGCCUUGCAAGUGCUUCGAAACUACGAAUCUGCCCUUCACUCGUCGUUCCCACUGGGUGGCAACUCCGAGUCUGAUUACGCCUAUAAUCGAGUCCGACAACCGCUGGGGAAUCUUCUAGAUGCCCUGAGUGACUUCACGCCACAUUUCCUACCUCCCCAUGAGUCACAGGCGUCCGUUUCGCUGAGCUAUCUGGACGGGGCGACUGAUAUAAUCCACGCAUUGCCGCGGUGGAGCACACCACAAAACAACCUGGAGCGGGACUCCGCAUACGAUGAGAUUUGCAAGGCCUGGAUUCUAGUGAUCCGGGAGGCCGCUAAACGUGGCGGUGGGAUUCAGUUACAGUAUGGUGGUUGGGACCAGAAGUUGGCCAAGCACAACCAGAACUCCGGCGGUAAAAUGCAGGCAGCCGUCAAUGAGCUUGGGUCCAGCUUGGGUUGGAUGCACAGACCGGAUGCCCAAGGCUAUGGAAGCCCGGGAGGCAACGAUCUUGGAUCCAUUCGGGAACAGCUCCUGUCGGGCACAUACGGGCUCGGUACCCCCGUCAAAGUUGGGCCAUGGUGAAGCCGUCAGCAACCGACCGCCCCUUCCCCCCCGUCUUUGUCCCCCGUUUCCGACCUUCCAAGCAAACCAACACUCUCGAAACACUUUCCACCCGCCCUUAAAUCUCCAGAGCUACUGUCCGAAUCCUCAACCGUGCACGUCCACGUAUGAUACGAUCACGAAUACCUACUGCAUGAACUAGAGCUGAGGGUCAGC